AUGUUGUCUUUUUUUUUUGCAGUUUCCGUUGUUGAGAAGCGCCUCAUGGACGUUAAGCUGGGUGAGCUGGGAUCCUGGCUGGGAGCUCGGGACUUCACCCCUAACGGCAUCAUCUCUGCCGUCCGCAGAGGCCAUGACAGAUACUACAACAAGUACAUCAACGUGAAGAAGGGAGGCAUCGGUGGUGUGGCCAUGCUAAUUGUUGGCUAUGUGGCAAUCAGCUACCUUUGGGAAUACGAUCACAUCAAGCAUGAUCGCUGGAGGAAGUACCACUAA